AUGGCUGUACAACUCAAAGAGUUGAAUAUGUGCAAAGCAAUUAAAUAUGGGCAUUUUUCUUAUAUCUUUAUCUACAGCCACCCUGAGAACAUACUAGGUAAACCAUCAGUGAACAAAUUUUUUCAGUGCAAAUGUUUUGAAGAGAACAGAAUUGUGAUAGUCAUUGAUGAGGCCCAUUGUAUUUUGGAAUGGGGGGACGAGUUUCGUCCUGAAUAUAGUAAGCUAGUUGAACUUCGAGCUGUGCUUCCUCAGGCGACUAUUCUUUGUCUUUCGGCAACACUUUCCGUCAAAGGUCAAGCUGAUAUUAAAAGAUGUUUAUCUCUGAAGGAUUGUAGGAUUCAUAGUGGAAUUCCAGUAAAGCCUAAUAUUUCAAUUAGUGUUUUAAGAAGACCUGCUAGUUCUACAGCUGUGACACUGUCGUACAGACACAUUCUGGAUGUCUUGUUCAAUGAAUUAAAAGUUAAAUUAAAUGCAACUCCACUCACUAUAGUGUAUUUCAAUUCAUCAUUGAACCAUAUUGGAUUUGCCUAUGAGCAUGCUUCUCGAGUCUUGGGGAACUUUUUAUACGAUGGGGAGAAGACACCAGAAAAUGCCAGAGUUGUCAUGUACCAUGCAUCUGUGGAAUAUGAGAGUGAAGAACUACGAGAAUUGAUAUUUCAUCAGAUUUCCUCAGAAGACAGCCCCCUAAGGAUCAUAUUGGCUUCUUCUGCCCUCGGGAUGGGAGCAGAUUUUGGUAUCGUAGAAAGAAUUGUGCAUGCAGGCCCACCUAAAAGUAUUGAAGCAUAUAUUCAGCAAGUGGGAAGAACAGGUAGAACAGGAAAACAGGCAACAGCCAUUUUGUUUUUCAACAAUAGUGAUGUAGGCAGGCCUGAAAUGAACAAGAUAAUGAAGUCUUUCUGCCGUAAUGAAGCAACUUGUAGGAGAAAAAUCCUGAAUGAUUACUUUGGAUUCACAGAUGACACCAAUGAUAGUGAAAACAAACAAUCUUUGUGCUGUAACAUUUGUGAUCCAAGCUUAAUGGAAUGGAAUUUAGUUCUACCUCUUCGGCAAGAGGUGAAGUCUUCCAUCCGACAAUCAUUGUCAGAUUACAUUUCAUUUCAUAACUUGGAAAUAUCUCCUUACCAAAUAGAAGCAGCCAUCCACAAUUAUUCAAGAUAUAUGGAAACAGACAAUUUAAUUCAGGAUUUUGGUUUGAAUCAUGAACACGCAAAAAUUUAUGUACCAUUUUCAAAUUAA